AUGUUCAAAUACGUCGUAUUCGGUCUCUUGGUGGCUUCGGCCAUUGCCACACCAGCCCCAAGCUCUGGCUUGGAUUGUAACGAGUCAGCUGAUCAGUUGACUUGCUUAGCCGUCAAAGCCACAGCAACCCUCGAGAGGGCCGCCAGGUCAGCUGACAUCAACCUCAUCGAUGGAGUCACCCUCGUCAGAGACACCCCAGUCGAACGCACCGGUAAAGCAUUGAAAUCAGAAUCUGAAAUCAUGUCCGAAUUGCCCGCUGAUUCCACCCAAAAAGCCAUGGCUGUUGCCACCAUGAUGUACGAUAACGCCGCCAAGUUCGUCCAAAGCCACAGUCUGAAGGUCGAUAUGCCAGAAGGUCGCUCCCUCGAUGACAUCUUCUCCCACUCCCCAAGCAAGAAACACAAGAAAUUGUUGACUCCUCUGCUCACCCUCAUCGGAGUCAAGCUCUUCGCUCUGGCCCCAGUCUUCCUCGGUGGACUUGCUCUCUUCGUCACCAAAGCCAUCUUCCUCAGCAAGGUCGCCAUCCUCAUCGCUGGAGUCCUCCUUUUCCAAAAAUUCUUCGGUGCUGGUAGCCAAAUCGCCUUCCCAGGUGGUCUUUUCGGCAAGAACAACGUCGCCCCUCAAUAUAACUACGAACCAGCCACCUAUGCCCAAGCUGGUGCAUUCACUGGAUACCAGAGAUCUUUGGAUGCUCAGCAACUCGCUUACUCCGCACAAGCACCUGCUCAAUAA